AUGGACAACAACUGCAACCUCAACACCGCGUGCCCCAAAGCCGGUCUCACCGUACAGACACCUGAGCAAUACAACGCUUGCAAGAAGCCGCAGCAGGCUCCCGAAGAUGUCGACGGCUGGCUCAAGGAGCUGCCGCUUGGUGCUGUAGCCAAGAAGGCAUGA